CUACCUACCUCCCCUGUCCACACUAGUACAUCUGAAAUUCAACGAUUUCAGCUGCUUAAGCUUGCUGUUGUUCAUCCCUUCAACGAUUUUAACGUUUAGGUUAGGUUAAAGGAUGGCACGGAAGAAGAUCAGAGAGUAUGAUUCGAAGCGGUUGUUGAAGGAGCAUUUUAAGAGGCUCUCUGGUACAGAAUUGGGCAUUAAAUCGGCACAGAUUACGGAGUCGACUGAUUUCAAUGAGCUAGCAGAAAGAGAACCAUGGCUUUUAUCGGGAAAACUGGUUGUGAAGCCUGAUAUGUUGUUCGGGAAACGUGGGAAGAGUGGUUUAGUGGCCUUAAAUUUAAAUCUGGCUGAAGUUAUUACCUUUGCCAAAGAGAGGCUUGGAAAAGAGGUGGAGAUGGGGGGUUGUAAGGGCCCUAUAACAACAUUCAUUGUUGAGCCCUUCAUUCCGCACAAUGAAGAAUUUUAUCUCAAUAUUGUUUCAGAGCGGCUUGGAUGUAGUAUAAGCUUUUCAGAUUGUGGAGGAAUUGAAAUUGAAAAGAACUGGGAUAAGGUAAAGAUUGUAUUUAUUCCAACUGGGGUGCCAUUAACAUCAGAAACAUGUGCUCCGCUAUUUGCAACUCUUCCCCUAGAGAUAAAAAAUAAAGUUGGGGAGUUUGUCAAAGUGAUUUUCUCUCUAUUUUCAGAUCUGGAUUUCACUUUCCUGGAGAUGAAUCCUUUUACUUUGGUUGAUGGAAAGCCUUAUCCUCUGGAUAUGAGAGGGGAGCUGGAUGAUACUGCUGCUUUCAAAAAUUUUAAGAAGUGGGGUAAUAUUGAGUUUCCAAUGCCAUUUGGAAGAGUUAUGAGUCCCACAGAAAGCUUUAUUCAUGGGCUAGAUGAAAAGACUAGUGCAUCUCUGAAAUUCACAGUAUUGAACCCAAAAGGAAGAAUUUGGACCAUGGUAGCUGGUGGAGGUGCUAGUGUCAUCUAUGCAGAUACCGUUGGUGAUCUUGGCUACGCUAAUGAACUCGGGAAUUAUGCAGAAUAUAGUGGAGCCCCAAAUGAAGAGGAGGUGCUGCAGUAUGCCAGAGUCGUAAUUGAUUGUGCAACUGCAAAUCCUGAUGGCCGCAAGAGAGCUCUUGUAAUUGGAGGCGGAAUAGCCAACUUCACUGAUGUUGCUGCUACAUUUAGUGGCAUAAUUCGAGCCUUGAGAGAGAAGGAAGCAAAGCUUAAAGCUGCAAGAAUGCAAAUAUACGUGAGGAGAGGAGGCCCGAAUUAUCAGAAGGGUCUAGCAAAGAUGCGCACACUUGGAGAGGAAAUUGGCAUUCCUCUUGAGGUUUAUGGACCUGAAGCAACGAUGACAGGCAUAUGCAAACAGGCAAUUGAAUGCAUCACUGCCGCUGCAUAAAAUUAUCAGAACUAAAUAAAAACGCCAUUGAUUUUUGUUGUUUCUUUUCUUCCAUUAAAUAAGUUCUUAGCCUCUUACUACCACUCUGUGAUCUGUACCGGUAUUAAUAAGAAGUCUCUGGAAAUUAUGUUCUACACUUC